AUGGACCACCUGGAGGCCGGAAUGGCCGAUUUGCUGUUAAUUCCGAGGCCUUCAAGGAGUUUAUCGCCUUCUCCCCGGAAAAGCUCGCCGGUGGUCAACCUUGCCAGAUGCGCAUCAGAUCGAGAUAGCCAAAAAGAGUCGCGGCGGGAAUCGAUAUCGUUGGCGCGGCAGAGCCAGAUUCCACUAUGUCCACAGUUGACACCAUCGCAGGUCUACAUCGUCCGAAAAGCCUGGCGCCACAUCAACACCAAAGGGCUGGUCAGCGUCUUUAGGCGCAUUUUUCAAAAGACGGAAUCCUUUUGCCCGAUCGUGGCCCAGACGUUUGCAUACUGUGCGGCUUCCGGCUCUGGCUCUCAACUGUCCACACCGUCGCCCCAUAAUAGCAGCUCCCCGAACUCGCCGAACUCGAUCUCGCCCAGUCGCCGAAUCUCUGACGCCGCUUCCACCUCGAUGGGCGGAUGCGUGCGGAAUCUGUGGGAUCACUCUGUCUUCUUGGUACAUCUGCUACAGAGAGUCGUUGAUGGUGAUCCGUCAGUUGUCGACUAUCUUCGAAGAAUCGGUGGUCGUCACGUCAGCCUGAACGGGGAGACGGGUUUCGGGUCGCGACAGCUCGAGAAAUUUGGGGAGGUGUUCGUCGACGUCUUCUCGAAGUUGGACGGUAUCCGCGAGAGCAAGGAGUGCAGUCGCGCCUGGCGUCAGUUGAUCUCCUCUUUCAUCGACUAUUUGCGAGAUGGAUUUGAGGAGGAGGCGAGACUCGAGCGACGCAAGAAUUCCCUCAACAACACGCAUGCCCGCUAUUUUGACGACAUCGAAAGACGUCACUCAACCCCAGCCCGUCGUGGAAGCCUCAGAAUCGACGUCCAGGCCACCCGAAAAAUGCGUUCCAUAUUCCUGAUUUUCGCCAUUUUCCUGACGGCCCAGGCUCAGGAUUAUUUUCUACAGGACGGCGAUACUAGCAACGACCGCCACCUCUCCGGCCACGAAUCCAGCGACCAGUUGCGAAAAAUGGAGCUCAAAGCCUACAUCCACCGGAUGGAUUUGCUGGCCCGGCAGAGAGAGGCUGAUCAGAGGCAAAGAAAAGCCGAACGAGAUCGUUACUACGCUGAAUACUUUGAACGGAUGAAACAGUACGGGAAAGUCGUUUCCGAGCAAAGAUACAACCAACUUCUCCAAAAACAGGCUCAAGAACGACAGCAACUGCAGAAAAGCAUGCGGGAUUGGCAUCCGGAUGGGGUGCCGGAUGGGGAGGACGAACUACCCGAGAAGCCAAUCGAUCCAUUUGGCCCAGCGAACCCAGGAACCACCGGAAGUCAACGAAGCCGGUAUCAUUCCUACACGGUUUCCAGAUACCUUCCCACCGUCCGUCUGCACUGUCCGGCGAACCAAAUCGAAGCCAAGUACCGUCCACGUUGCGAGGCGUACUAUCGCGAUUGUCAACAAUACAUACGCCGCGGAGAUUCUUUGUACGCUAUUGCACACUCGUUUGAUUCGGGUGUCGGCCUGAACCUCGGCAGCUGGGCCGUUAAGGGGAUACCGUACUAUCCGGUGAAUGAAGAAGGUGCCAUUGGUGCCGGCCGAUUGAUGAACAUCCCGUUCGGGUCGUGGGGUGGCGGCUACUCGGACCACAUCGGUGUACGUGACUACUGGUCUCAGUACACCGAGAUUGGAGCGAAUUGGUAUGACGGAAAGUACGGCUAUCGUUCUGGCUGGAGCGUGCCCCUCGUACAGAGUCUCGGCGUGGAAGGCGAGUCCCAUGCUACGGUAUCUGUCCCCAUCAAAGAGGGUGAACUCGGGAAGCCGAUCGGGGUCGACGUUGGGGGCGGCGUCGGGCCGUACUACCAGCAGAAUCAACAUGUCGGCGUCGAUCCGCUGGGUGGAAAUGUCAACACCAAUUUCGGUGUAGGCGUGCCGAUGGCGGGUGUGGGCGUGGGCCUCGGGCUGGGCAUCAAAUUCCCCGGCGUCGCCGAUAUUACCGGA